CUCUAGAAAUGUCAAGUGUCGAGUUUCGAUAAAAGUGUUCAAUUCUUUAAAUUACUGAGUAUAAACGUUGCGAGAACUUCAGAAGAUUUUAAAUAUCAUGAGAACGUGAUAAAUAUCAUUUUAUAAUAAAUGAAAAUGGGCGAGACGUCUGAAACACAAAAUAAAGAUAUUGGUCCUGGUGUAAUAACAGAGCAAGAACGUCAGUUGGCUCAAAAUGCAUUAUCUGAAUUUCAAAAAGGAGUUUAUGCUAGUUGCUUGUCAUAUCUAAAUAAGCUAGAAACCCUUAGACCAAAAGAUCUGAAAGUAAUGCACAAUAAAGUUGUAGUAGAAUGUUAUAAAAAUGAAUUGAAAAAAACAGAAUUGUUAAGAAAAGGUUUAAAUGCAAUAUGUGGACAAAUGUCUAUAACUGACUCAACUGAAACCAUAGAUGAUAUUGAGAAAUGUGUUAUGAGGUAUAACCAAGCAGUUUUAUUAUAUCAUACAAAACAAUAUAAUGUUGCACUACAAAUCAUGAAUAGGUUAUUUGCUUUUAUAGAACCAAUGGAGGAAUCACUAGCACAUAAAGUAUGCCUCCUUCUAAUAGAAUUACAUAUAGUAACGGAGCAACCAGAUGCAGCAUUGUCUUUGAUUAAUUACAUAGAAAGUCAACUUAUAUCUACAGAUAAUUCUAAAAUUACAUCUGUUGAUAAAGAUGGUAUAAUAAAAUCCAUAAAAGAACAGAAGGAACCCAGAAAAGAAAUGGACACAGCUACAGAUGCAUUUAAAAUAAAAUUAUUAAAAUGUAAAGCUAGAAUAUAUCUUAUGAUGCACCAGUUGAAGCUAUGCAAAAGAGAAUGGAAAACUUUAGUUUCUUUGGGUACACCUGUAAAUAUAUCAACUGUAUUUUUAAAAGCUAAUCUUGAAUAUUUAAGGGGAAAUUAUAAAAAAGCUAUUAAGUUAUUAAAUUCUGUAACAUCAGAGAAUUUAGAUUUCAAAACUUAUGGAGAAUCUUCUGCUGUUUUAUAUUACAAUAACAUGGCAUGUUUACAUCUUGCUAUGGGUAAACCAAAUUUAGCUUGUUUCUAUUUAAGGAAAGCUUUACAUGAAAAUAAAUGUGCAUUGGAAAGUGUACAAAUAAAAGAAAGUGAUCCUUUAUCUUCACAACCAUUGUACACACUUGGUGGGAAUAGGCAUUAUGAAUUAAUGUAUAGUUUAGGUGUGUCACUGUUACAUGCAGGUCAAGCAUCAGUUGCUUUUGAUUGUUUUAUGGAAGCUGCUCAAAAACUUCAUAAUAAUCCUAAACUUUGGUUAAGAAUUGCUGAAUGUUGUAUUUAUUGCCAUAAACCAACAAAUGAAGUUGAUUUUAAUAUUCCAAAACGGAGAAAGGACUUAGUACAAAAAGUUGUUGGUUCUGGAAUUUAUAGAAAAAUUAUUUUAGCUUCCUCUCUUUCCAAAGAUAUAAAAUAUCAUCCUGAAGGUUUUCCUUCUGCUAUACCACAAUUAACUUUGGAAUUUGCAUCUCUUUGUUUAAAAAAUGCAUUAUUCUUAUUACCAAAUAAUAAUGAACUUAAUGUACCAAUGGCAACAAUUGCUGGUUCACAAACAGUCCCAUUAUCAUUAACAGCCAGUCAUAAUCUAGGUACCCAACAUUCGCCCUUAAUGUCACAAGCUACAGCCGUUGAAGCGUUAAAUUUAAAAAUAAGUGUUCUAGCUGCAAGUGCUUAUGUUUGCUUAUGUCUUGGUGAUUACGUUAUUGCACUUGAACAUGCUAAAGCAUUGCUGAAUAUUAAUAAACUACCUGGGGCGUAUAGAAUGCUCGGAAAUCUUUAUGCCGCGGAAAGUUUGAUAUUUAUGGAUAAAAUUAAUGAAGCAAUUGAAUAUCUUAAACCAGAAAAUAUUCCAGAUCUAAAUACUUUUGUACCUAUUCCCGAAACUCAGGAUAAAGACAAAGAAAAAUCUGAUGAGGUUAUUUCGAAACCGAUAAAAAUGUGGUAUCCAACAACAGUCCCUACGGGUAUUGCUGUACUCCGUUACAAUUUAGCUGUAGCUUAUGCAAUUCGUGGUGAACUCGAUAAAUCUGGAGAAACAUUAAAACAGGUAGUUUAA